GGAAGUUUGAAUGAUUACAUACUAUUGAAGGUCAUUGUUUCCUCAUGGCACUAAAACCCUAUUUAAACGCAGUCAGGCACACUCUAAAUGCAGCAUUAUGUGUUCAGAAUUUUUCUUCACAAGUUGUUGAACGUCACAACAAACCUGAAAUAGAAGUUCGAACCUCCAAGGAACUACUACUAAACCCCGUAAUUAUUAGUCGGAAUGAAAAAGAGCGGGUAUUGAUUGAAGGGUCAAUUAAUUCAGUUCGUGUCAGCAUUGCUAUCAAACAGUCUGAUGAAAUUGAAAAGCUACUUUGUCGAAAAUUCACUCGAUUUAUGAUGACUCGUGCAGAAGACUUUGUUAUACUUAGGCGUAAACCUGUCCCUGGCUAUGACAUCAGUUUUCUUAUCACUAAUUUUCAUACGGAACAGAUGUCAAAGGCAAAAUUGGUUGAUUUCGUAAUUACUUUCAUGGAUGAGAUUGAUAAAGAAAUUUCCGAAAUGCGCUUAGCAGUGAAUUCUCGGGCUCGUCAAUGUGCUGAAGAAUUUUUGAAGGCGUUUGACUAACAGUUACUUGAAUUAACUCAAUAUCCCAGAUUUUACAGAACCUAUUUAAAUGUGGUGAAUACUUUGGGGACACUAUUGAAACUUUUGUAUAACUUCAUCUCUGAAGAAACCCAAAAUGGUUUUUUCACAACACUUAUGUACAAAUAAGCUGUCUGUGAAUAACAGUACAUUUUUUUUCAAAGGAUCAUUGUCAUAAAUCACAUAAUGUCAUUUAG